AUGACUAACUGUGCCUCUAACUUACACAUCCAGAAAAAUGCCACAUUGUGUAAGACUGAUGGGGUGUGGAAGGGCGGGGUGACCCAGGCUGCCUCCUCCUGCCAUGGGCCACGGAUGCCUAUAAAACUCAAGACCUGCAGGGACCAGAUAGUUACAAGAGGAAGAUCUGUAAGGAUGGCAGGACUGGAGAGAAGAUUUGUCAGCACUGGGCUGCUCGUGCUGCUGGUCCUCAUGGGUUUCCAUCAGAUAUCAUCUGCACCAGCACUGAGCUGUGGCCGCCAAAAGCUGGUUCCCCGGAUGGCAGGGGGGAUAAAUGCCAACCGCGGAGAGUGGCCCUGGCAAGUCAGCCUCCAGUACCGUGGCCAACACAUCUGUGGUGGAAGCCUCAUCAGCAACGAAUGGAUCCUGACAGCUGCACAUUGUUUUUUUGAGGUUGGAACCCCAAUCAACCCAGCUGACUGGAAAGUGGUGCUGGGCCGUCUGAAACUGACAGGCAGGGAGACACGGGGUUUGGAAAGCAACGUCAGCAUCAUCAUCCACCAUGAGAACUACACUAACUUUGAGAAAGGCAAAGACAUUGCACUGGUGCGCCUGACCAGGCCUGUCAACUACAACAGGGAUAUAUCGCCUGUCUGCUUACCGAAAGCUGACCACCGCUUUGCCUUUGGAACGCAGUGCUGGUUGAGUGGCUGGGGAGACGUCGCCACAAAUGUCAGCCUGCCAAACCCCAUGGCCCUCCAAGAGAUGGGGAUGGACCUGAUGACUGUUGAUACCUGCAACUGCAUUUACAGCAACCUGAGGAACCGGAGGAUUGUCAACCCAGCCUUGCCCGGCAUGGUUUGUGCCAUGACUCCUGACAGGCAGAGAGGUCCUUGCAAGGGUGAUUCAGGUGGUCCUCUGGUUUGCUUGGAGAAUGGCUAUUGGUUCCAGGCAGGGAUUAUGAGUUUCUCCAUGGGCUGUGGCCAGUUCUACGGACCCACCUUCCUGACCGAGAUAAAAUCCUACGUCAGCUGGAUCCAGAAUCACGUCACCGCGGGCACCUUUGCCAACCAGAUUAGGCCCUUGCCUAAUACCACAGACAGCUACAUGUGCACAGGUUGUGGAGUGAUGAAAAAGAACAUGACUGGCAAAGGGCCCUGGCCCUGGUAUGUGAACUUACGGUAUGAGGGGGAACACGUCUGUGGAGGCACUUUGAUAGCUGAGGACAGGAUUUUGACAGCUGCACAGUGUUUCAUUGGGCGCCAGGAAACAGAAGGCUGGGAGAUUUUGCUUGGUGAACAACAAGAAGCUGGGAAACAAAAAUGGCAGCAGAAUAGGACCCUUCAGAGCAUUGAGGUUCAUGGUGCCUACAUCGAGGCAAAAGAGGGCUACGACAUUGCAAUAGCCAGGCUGAGCCGUCCCGUGGACUUCAGUGACAGCAUCCGGCCCAUUUGCGCCCCAUACGCCAAACACCAGUUUCCAUUGGGCUCCACUUGCUGGACUCGCGGACGGAGUAUUGAGGGGAAGGGACGGUUGAGUCCUCCGGGCGGCGUAGAGGUGAAACUCCUUGGUCCCAAGGCAUGUAACUGUACCUACUACAAGACCAGCGACCAUGGAGAAGAGAUUCCCAUCACCUCUGAGAUGUUGUGUGCCACACCCUAUAAAUCAACCAUGCGCUGUGAGGCAGGUAUUGGAGACCCUAUGGUUUGCAACCACAAUGGGGUGUGGUUCUUGGCAGGCAUCUCCAGCUUCGGAAAGGGCUGUGGGACCGUGAUGCGCCCAGGGGUUUACACAUCAGUCAGGGCCUAUGAUGAGUGGAUCAUGCAGAAUGCCUGGUCAGCAUAUUAUGCCGUGCCAAAGCCGCCUCUUCCAACGGCCAGCGAUGAAGACAGUUGUCUGAAAAUAUAACUUCCAGGUAAAUUAGGCAACUAGGACAGUCUUGGGGAAAACAG